GUUAAAUAGUGUGAGUGUUCUCACGAGAAAACCACCAUGGCGUAUCACGGGAAUGCAAAAAUGGCGAUGGCGGCGACGGCCGGCGUGACGCACGAGCACGAGUUGGAAGAGCUACGAGUGGGAGUGUCAGAGCUUGCCGAGUGUGUUGCAUGUCUCCUGCACACGAUACUCUUCACUCGAGCUCCCGGGCCAGUGCGGCCCGCCGAAGCACACUGCCGUUUUCGGCCCAUCACAUAUGCGUACUGCCCAGUGGCCGAAGUCACGCGCAAGGUGGACGCUGCGAUCGCGCAAUUCCAACGACACAUGACACGUCAUCACGCGGGCAGAGGCCACCGCAUCACAGUCGUGUUCUUUGAGACGCGGGUGAACAAGGCGCUGUUCGGAUUCGUCCAGAACGAAGAAAAAGUCGUGUGGGAGAAGUGGACGUUGCCAAUUCGAGUCCUCGUCCAUCCGAGCGCCAACCCCGACGAGUACCACAUGCAGCUCGAGAGUCAAUUGCGCCACGGGAUGCUUCAGAUCGUCUCCACGGUUCAAACUGACACCCAGCACAUCCCCCUUGGCAUUUACGACUGCGAACUCCUCGUGAACGACGACGUGCUGUAAUCGACAACCCCUUUAUUGCAGCGUUCAUUUCGACCAAUACCUCAUUGUCGUGCCGCCACUCUGCCAAAUUCAGUGCACCAUCGAAACCCGAACCUGCCAGUCGGGCUUCACCCUGGCUCCGUGGGUUCGAUACUUCCAUGUCGGUCGAGAAGCCGCGCCACAGUCAGCCCGCAUGUGUGUUCCAGAGGUGGCGUCGCGCGUUCGCCCAUAGCCGUGCGCAGCUACCAGAAACGGUAAGGCAACCAGAACGCAAACGUUGCCAACGCAAUACAGCGCCGCCGCCAUCAAAUCGCAAGGUCACCCGCACACACGAAACCACUCGGAGUACGCAUGCCACGGACGUAUUUGAUGACGAGGGGGUGGGAAGGCUGCACGGUGUGGACCUUGAGGCACGCCAUUUCUGCGAGCUGCAGCGGGUUCAUGUGUUUCUGUGGCCACGGUGAAUUGAACAUGACAGUGUCAUGUUACGCACAUUGCAAUCGCUUUCCAUGUUGGCUCCGUUGACCACCAUGAGCCGUGUCAGCUUGAUGUGGCCGUAAAACGCCGCGUAAUGGAGGGGCGUGAA